CUUCGACAGAUUUGGAUAACGGCCAAGCCCGACGCGAUGGUGAAGAAGGUCGGCAAGUACGAGAUCGGCAAGACGCUGGGCGAAGGGACCUUUGGCAAGGUCAAGUAUGCCGUCAACACAGAGACCGACGAGCGCGUGGCCAUCAAAGUCCUGGACAAGGACAAGAUCCAAAAACAAAACAUGGGUGCGCAGAUCAAGAAAGAGAUCUCAAUCAUGAAGAUGGUGCGCAAUCGCCACGUCGUUGUACUGAAAGAAGUGCUCGCGAGUCGCACCAAGAUUUUUAUCGUGCUUGAACUGAUCACGGGCGGCGAACUCUUCGACAAAAUCGUGAGCGAAGGACGCUUCAAUGAAGAAACGGCGCGCUUCUACUUUCGCCAGCUUGUCAAUGGCGUAGAGUACUGUCAUUCCCAAGGAGUGUGCCAUCGCGACUUGAAACCUGAAAACUUGCUCUUGGACGAGAAUGGCGACCUGAAGAUUUCAGAUUUUGGGCUCAGCGCGCUCUACGAAGGUGGUGGACCGGAUGGCGCUGACGGAUCCCGUGCGAGUUUACUGCACACAACGUGCGGCACCCCCAACUACGUCGCCCCCGAGGUGCUCGCCGACAAGGGCUACGACGGUCGCGCCGCCGAUGUCUGGUCCAUCGGCGUCAUUCUCUACGUGCUCCUCGCCGGCUUUCUCCCGUUCGACGAACCCACCAUGUCGGCACUGUUUCGAAAAAUCCAAAAGGCCGAGUUUUCGUACCCGUCGUGGUUUACGCCUCGCGUCAAGACCCUGCUCAACAAGAUCCUGGUCCCCGAUCCGGAAACUCGAGCCGCCUUGGCCGACAUCCAGCAGGAUGAAUGGUACCUCGACGACACGAACAAGCUCGAGUCGGCGCCAAUCCGUGGCAACCCGUUGCCCCCAAUGGUGGUCGGUUCGUCCGGUGACGGCGACGAAGAUGACGACGACGUUGCGUCCGCGCCGUUGAAAACCAAGACGACGUUGGAAAAGUUUAAGCUCAAGCCGAGCCAAGCCGACUUGGACGCGGCGAUUCAAGAACAUAUUGGGGACCUGGAAAUCACCAAGUCGAAAGCCAAGGAGACCGGGCCCAAAGUCAUGAACGCAUUCGACCUGAUCAACAUGUGCGGCGGGAUGGCGCUCAACCGCAUGUUCCAAUCCGUGGACGACAAGCGCGUGAAGCGAAGCAGUCAGUUCACGUCGUCGUUGAGUGCGUCGACGAUCCUGUCGACUGUGUCUGAGCACAUGAAGGCGAUUCCAGGAUGCGACGUGACCGCCGACACGUCCAAUUUUAAGCUCAAGGCGACGCUGACGACGCCCAAGGGCGCCGUGGGGUGCACCGUGCAGAUUUAUGUUCUGGCGGAAUCCCUCCACCUCGUCGAGAUCCGCCGGGGCAAGGGCGACAUUUUUGAGUACCACAAAUUCCACACGGCGCUCACAGAGCGCAUGGCCGACUUGAUCAAUCCAAACUAGUCGGCAUCGCAUCCCGUUGAAUAUACUCCACGAUCUCGUCCG